CGCGGGCGCAGGGUCCGCGGUUCCCGGAGUUGCCCAAGACGCCGGUGACUCCUCCCCGGGACCCUCCCCUUCUGGGCGAGUCAUUCUCCCCACCCGGGUCCCAGUGUCCGGACCCCAGCAGCGGCUGCUAGCUCCGGCCACCUGCUGCGAGGCGCGCGCCUGGGCCCUGCGCACCCCGGGGGCCCCAUGGAGCUCCGGGCGCCCAACGCCAGCUGCGAGAAUGGGUCCCUGCUCAGUCUCUACUGCUCAACACGGCAAGUCCUCUGCCAGGUGGUCCGCCACCUCGAGCCUGAGCCACCAGGCAAUGUCACAGCCCUGCGCUGGCAGGACCGCUUCUGGAAGAGCUACAGCUUUUACGUGGGCCUGGGCCUCGCUGUACUGUCCAGCUUCCUCAUCGGCAGCAGUGUCAUCCUCAAGAAGAAGGGGCUCCAGCGGCUGGUGGCUACGGGGGCUACACGGGCAGUGGAUGGUGGCUAUGGUUACCUGAAAGAUGUCAUGUGGUGGGCCGGCUUCCUUACCAUGGCAGCAGGAGAAGUGGCCAACUUCGGGGCAUACGCCUUUGCUCCAGCCACAGUGGUCACACCUCUGGGAGCGUUAAGUGUCCUCAUAAGUGCCAUUCUCUCCUCCUACUUUCUGGGCGAGUGUCUGAACCUGCUGGGGAAGCUGGGCUGUGUCAUCUGUGUGGCCGGCAGCACCGUGAUGGUGAUCCAUGCCCCUGAGGAGGCGAAGAUCACCACGAUCAUGCAGAUGGCGUCCAAGAUGAAGGACACAGGCUACAUCGUGUUCUCAGUGCUCCUGGUGGUCUUCUGCCUCAUCCUCAUCUUCGUGGUGGCCCCCCGCUUUGGGCAGAGGAAUAUCCUAGUCUAUAUCACCAUCUGCUCAGUGAUCGGUUCCUUCUCAGUGACGGCCGUCAAGGGCCUGGGAAUCUCCUUCAAGAACUUCUUCCAGGGGCUACCUGUGGUGCGGCACCCCCUGCCCUGGGUCCUUGCCCUCAUCCUGGCGCUGUCACUCAGCUUGCAGGUCAACUUUCUGAACCGGGCACUGGAUGUGUUCAACACUUCCCUGGUGUUCCCCAUCUACUAUGUCAUCUUUACCUCCCUGGUUGUCACCUCCUCCAUGGUCCUGUUCAAGGAGUGGCACAGCAUGUCGGCAGUGGACGUGGUGGGCACGCUGGCUGGCUUUGUCACCAUCAUCCUGGGUGUGUUCAUGCUCCAUGCCUUUCGGGACCUGGACAUGAGUCGUGUCCACCUGCCUCAUAUGCACAAAGCACCCACACCUGCACCCGCACCCACGCCUGCGCCAGUCCCAGCAGAGCCCACAGUCAUCCGGCUAGAGGACAAGAACAUACUGGUGGACAAUAUUGAGCUGACCAGCACCGCCUUGUCGCAGGGCAAGCCCCAAGAGCUUACAAUCCAUUCUUAGGACUGGGAGGUCAAAGGGCACAGAAAGUGACCCCGGGCAG